UCAAAGUACGCGUCAUAGCCCAAGCACGCAACCAAAUUCCACGAAGCACUGUCGUCGUUUCAUCCGAUUUAAACAACCUUAACAAGUAACAACACCAUCCUUCAUUCUCUCUGUAGACCUCUAUUUCUCUCUUUUCAAUGGAGGUCUCACUUUCGGCAAUGGCGGACUCAAUCUCUCUAUCUCACCAACUCACCAUCACCGACUCUCUCCAAAUCUCUUCCAUCAUCUUCCCGAUCGACGCCGUCGCGCCUCCUCCUGUCAGAUCUCGCUCCUCAUGCCGCACCUCCGCUCGCCGUACUCUCCUCAAACGCCGCCGCCGCACUCGCCGCCGUUCUCCUCCCUCCGAUGGAGAAGACGAUGCUGGAUUCUUCGGCGGUGAUGAUAGUGGUUUUUUCGGCGGUUUUGGCGGUGGAAGAGGUUGGAAUUCCGAUGGUUUUGGAGGUGGCGGUGGGUUUAAUUGGGACGAUUGGUCGUCUUCGUCUUCGUAUCCUGAUGAUCCGGCUUUUGAUUUCGUCUAUGAGGUUAUUUGUUGGUUGGUUUUCUCUAAUUGUUUGCAUUUUGCCGUCAAGAAGGUUGUUCGAUUGAUUACCGAGGAGAGAGAAAAAGUUCCGUUGAGAAUCGCCUCUGUCUGCUGAUAAUUCACUGGUACUUGAAUCAAUUCGGAUGUAUAUAAAUGUACAUAUAUAUUAUUAAUUGUUUCUCGAACAUAUUGUUGCUUUAAUUGUCCAUAUUGUAGUGAUGAAUUGAUGAAUAAUUUGAUAGAAAUUCAUUGUUUUCAA